AGUCCCUAACAAUGCCCCUAAGUCUCACUCUUGAUCAUUAGAAAGACAUCCACGACCGGGCACACAACCAGUCCGUCGAGGUUAAAAAAAAAAGGAAAAUGGCAGACUCUCUACACAUCCGAGUGGCCCACUUUUGGAGCGGGAUGGCCAGUGAAUGACACAUUUAAUAAGAUCAUUAUUUUACAGGUUAAAGAUCGGGUCGUCCACGGACAUCCUGACCAGGUUCCUUAUAUUAUCACUUGAGAGAGUCUCGCCUUAAAACCCCCCUCCUGGGCGGAACCCUUCCUGGACCCGAAUUGGCCUCCCCUCAACCCCCAGCCUGUCCCCUCGACCCGCCCGGUCCGCCGGCCACGUCUUCCUCUCUCUACCUUUGUGAAAUCAGAGCCUUCUAAGAAACCUGUCCUCCCGGCAGACCCAAACUCCCCUCUCAUAGAUCUUCUCUCUGACAGGCCCGGCUGAAACGGAGGAGGCAGAGCCGCCGGCCAGAUCAGUUGCCGGGCCACAGUCUGAUAAGGGUUUCUCCCCUGUCACAGGGAGAUUGCGCAAUAAGCGCGAGGUAAUGCCAGAUUCAACCUCCCAGGCUUUCCCACUUAGACAGGGAACCGGUGGCCAGACCCAAUACUGGCCGUUUUCAGCAGCUGACAUUUACAAUUAGAAACAACACAACCCUUCUUUCUCCAAAGAUCCGGUGGCACUCACCGACCUAAUAGAAUCUGUUUUACUUACCCACCAGCCUACUUGGGAUGACUGCCAACAGCUCUUACAGGCCUUCUUGACCUCAGGAAAAAAAAAAAAAAACAAAGAGUGUUCCUAGAGGCCAGAAAGCAUGUUCUGGGAGAUGAUGGGCGUCCCACCCAGCUGCCUGAGGACCAAACUGGGAUUUUAAUACAGCUGAAGGUAAGGGACACCUACACCUUUAUCGCCAGUUGCUUCUAGCGGGUCUCCGAGGGGCUAUACGACGCCCUACUAAUUUGGCUCAGGUAAAACAGGUAUUACAGGAAGCAGGGGAAACUCCCUCCGCCUUUCUAGAGAGACUUAAGGAGGCCUACCGUAUGUACACUCCCUAUGACCCAGAUGACCCAGGACAAAUGACGAGUGUCUCUAUGUCCUUCAUCUGGCAGGCUGCUCCAGAUAUCAGGACUAAGUUACAGAGGUUAGAAAAUUUACAGGGCUAUACAUUACAAGAUUUACUUAAAGAAGCUAAAAGGAUUUUUAAUAAGAGAGAGAUAAAAAAAAAAAAAAAAAACAAAGAAUUGAGUCGAAUCUUGGCCGCCGUAGUUCAGGGCCAAGAAAGGAAGGGAGAUAGGGGGGAGCUCGAAAGGGGCUGAAGCUGGAUAAAGAUCAAUGUGCCUAUUACAAAGAGAAAGGGCACUGGGCCAGAGAGUGCCCCAAGAAGCCUGGCGGACCCCGAAAGCCUCGACCACGAACCUCCCUCUUGGCUCUAGAUAAAGAUUAGGGAGGUCAGGGCCAGGACCCCCCCCCCUGAGCCCAGGGUAACGCUUAAAGUUGGGGGGCAGCCGGUUACUUUCCUGGUAGACACAGGAGCCCAGCAUUCAGUCCUCACCCGAGCUUCAGGACAACUCAGCGACCGGACGGCCUGGGUACAAAGAGCUACUGGUGAGAAACAAUACCGAUGACUACGGACCGCUGGGUUCAGCUGGCUACCGGUAAGGUGACCCAUUCCUUCUUACAUGUUCCGGACUGCCCGUACCCUCUGCUGGGCCGUGACCUGCUCACCAAACUAAAAGCACAAAUUCAUUUUGAGAAAGGAGGGGCCCCCACAACUCCCCUUCAAGUUCUAACCCUACAAUUAGAGGAUGAAUAUAGACUAUAGAAACUGAGACAGGACAAGCCACAAUCCCUAGAAAUAGACACUUGGGUCACGAAUUUUCCACUGGCUUGGGCAGAGACUGGUGGGAUGGGGUUGUCGCUCCAACAGCCCCCCUUAAUUAUACAGUUAAAGGCCACUACAACUCCAGUCUCCAUAAAACAAUACCCCCUGUCACAUGAAGCUUAUCAAGGUAUAAGGCCUCACAUUACGAGGCUUCUAGAUCAAGGCAUCCUAAUCCCCUGCCAGUCGCCUUGGAAUACGCCUCUUCUGCCUGUUAAGAAACCCGGCACUGGAGAUUAUAGGCCAGUACAAGACUUGAGAAAGGUCAACAAGAGGAUAGAAGAUAUUCAUCUGACUGUUCCAAACCCUUACAAUUUGCUCAGUAACUGUUCAUCGAUGAGAAACAGGGGUAUGCUAAAGGGGUCCUAACACAAAGGUUGGGACCCUGGAAACGCCCUGUGGCCUACCUGUUUAAGAAAUUGGACCCUGUGGCCUCCGGCUGGCCACCGUGCCUAAGGAUGGUGGCUGCUAUUGCUGUCCUGAUCAAGGACGCUGGAAAAUUGACUUUGGGACAGCCACUCACCAUCCUAGCACCCCACGCAGUGGAGGCCUUGGUAAAGCAGCCCCCAGACCGCUGGCUCUCUAAUUCUCGCACCAAGCCUUGUUACUGGAUGCAGAACGGGUUCAGUUUGGGCCCGUAGUCGCCCUCAAUCCUGCCACCUUGCUUCCUCUACCAGAGGAGGCAGAACAGCAUGACUGCCUACAAAUCCUCGCAGAAGUACAUAGAACCAGGCCGGACCUAUCGGACCAGCCUCUUCAGAAUGCUGACCACACAUGGUACACGGAUGACAACAGCUUCUUGGCAGAGGGAGAGCGAAAGGCUGGAGCUGCGGUCACUACGGAGGACAAAGUGAUUUGGGCGAAAGCCCUGCCUGCUGGUACCUCCGCACAACGGGCUAAACUCAUUGCCUUGACUCAGGCGCUCAAGAUGACAAAAGGUAAGAGGCUAAAUAUAUAUACAGACAGCCGUUAUGCCUUUGCCACGACACACAUCCACGGGGAGAUCUACCGGAGGCGGGGGCUGCUCACAUCUGAGGGUAAAGAUAUUAAAAAUAAGGCUGAAAUUCUGGCCCUCUUAGAAGCCCUAUUCUUGCCCAAAAGACUGAGCAUUAUGUAUUGUCCAGGACACCAGAAAGGGCACAACCCAGAGGCACAAAGAAACCGGCUGGCCGAUGCCACGGCGCGAGAAGCGGCCAUGAACAAACAAAUCUUGCCCUUAAAUAGCCCAGACCAACCCACGCCCCCACCAGUGAGACAAACCAGUUGGGUUUAUGCCCAUGAGGACAUAGAGCUCCUAAAAAAAAAAAUGGGGGCCAUCUACCACCCUCAACUAAAACAGUGGGUCUACAAAGGAAAGACAGUUAUGCCAAUAAAAAUGACUUUUAAAUUGAUCUCCUUUUUACAUAAAUUAACCCAUUUGGGGUUUAAGAAGAUGAAAACCUUACUAGAUCGGGAAGAGAUAAAUCUGUGUUUUUUUGAAUCGGGACAAAGCGAUACAAAAGGUGACUGAGAGUUGCAAAGCGUGCGCUCAGGUUAACCCGGGAAGGACCAUGAUUGGACAAGGAGUUCGUCCUAGGGGACACCGUCCCGACAUCCAUUGGGAAAUUGAUUUUACUGAAAUUAAACCAGGUAUAUAUGGAAACAAGUAUCUCCUAGUGUUUGUAGACACCUUCUCAGGAUGGGUCGAAGCCUUCCCCACAAAACACGAGACUGCAAAAAUGGUCACCAAGAAGCUCCUCAAGGAAAUCUUUCCCAGGUAUGGCAUGCCUCAAGCGUUGGGGUCCGACAACGGGCCCGCUUUCGUCUCCCAAGUAAGUCAGUUGGUGGCCAAAUUGCUGGGGAUUGAUUGAAAAUGACAUUGUGCCUAUAGACCCCAGAGUUCAGGUCAGGUAGAACACAUGAAUAGAACAAUUAAGGAGACUUUAUCCAAACUUACGCUUGCAACCGGCUCAAAGGAUUGGGUGGCCCUCCUUCCCCUAGCUCUAUAUCGGGCCCGGAAUACCCCGGGCCCCCAUGGUCUAACUCCUUUUAAAAUAAUAUAUGGAGCACCACCCCCAUUUGUCCAUUUCUUUGAUUCAAACAUUGCUGAUUUUGCUGACAGCCCUUCUCUGAGGGCCCAUUUACAGGCCCUACAGAUUGUGCAGAGAGACGUCUGGAGACCUUUGGCCGCUGCUUACCAGGACAAGCUUGAACAUCCGGUGGUGCCACACCCGUUCCAGAUUGGAGACACCGUGUGGGUGCGCAAACACCAGACCAAGAAUCUCGAGCCACGGUGGAAAGGACCCUACACCGUCCUCCUGACUACCCCGACCGCCCUAAAGGAAGGAAGAACCUCUCAAGAUGUCUUCCAGUAAUGACCCCACUGUAAUACCAAUGACAGAAAGACGUCACAGUGACCUUCCCGAAACAAACACCAGUGACCCGGAGACACUGACUGGAGAGGCUGUUGUGUUGAGUUUUCACAACAUCAGCUACAUAGAAACAGUGCAGAGCGGCUUUCCACUUUGUCAGAAGACACGUGUGAUGGAAAGACUGUCGAGCAUCAGUGGGAUCAUGGGACCAGGCCUCAAUGCCAUAAUGGGACCUCAGGAUGGGAGCAGAUCUCUGUUAUUAGAUGUCUUAGCUGCAAGGAGACAUCCAAGUGGAUUAUCAGGAGAUAUUUUGGUAAACGGUAAACCUCGACCUGCUAAUUUCAAAUGUACAUCUGGUUAUGUACCACAUAAUGAUGUGGUCAUGCACACAGUGACCGUGAGAGACAAUUUAGAGUUCUCAGCAGCUCUCUGUCUUCCAAUGACUAUAACAAGAGAUGAAAAAAGAAGGAGGAUCAAUGAGGUGCUUGAACUUCUUCAUCUGGAUGAAAAACAAAAUACCAAGCCUAGAUCCAAAGAACUCAGGAAAAGGACCAGUAUAGCAGUGGAGCUGAUCGCUGACCAUCCCAUUUUGUUCUUGGAUAAUCCCACCACUUACUUAGACUUUACAACUACGACUUAUGUCAUAUCAGUCCUGAGAAGGAUGUCGAUGAAGGGAAAGACAAUCAUCUUCUCCAUCAAUCAGCCUCAGUACUCCAUCUUCAGAUUCUUUGAUAGCCUCACCUUAAUGGCUUCAGGAAAACUCAUGUUUCAUGGACCUGCACGGGAUGCUCUGGAGUACUUCACAUCUGCGGGUUACCCUGCAGACUUCUUCCUGGACAUCAUUAAUGGAGGUUUCUGUGACACAGAGGAAGAUGGCCAUGAAGUUGGAAACUAUGAAGAACUUUUUGAGAGACAAUAUCAAGCCACAAAAAAAUUGGUCAAUAUGUAUGCCCAGUCCCGCUUACACAGUGACACAAGAGCCAGACUGGAUCAAAUCUUGGGGCAACAGCAGCUGGACAGGAACUCAGCUGUGGAGACCACAUGUGCCACCCCUUUCUGGCAUCAACUCAUGUGGAUUACCUAUCGAUCAUUCAAAAAUAUCUGGGGUUUUCCAUGGGCCACUGUGAUUCAGGCUGUUAUCAUAGCCAUACUGGCAGCACUGAUAGGCAUCGCUUUCCAGGUCCUGAAAAAUGAUUGUAAUGAAGUCCGGAUAAGAGCCGGCCUCCUUUACCUGCUCACAAUCUUCCAGAGCCUCACAAGUGUGUUUGCAGGGGUGCUCUUUGUGAUUAACAGGCAUCGCUUUCUACAUGAGCACACCAGUGGAUACUACAGAGUGUCAUGCUAUUUCUUUGGGAAAUUGCUGGCUGACCUAAUACCCAGGAGGCUGUUGCCAAGUACUAUAGUACUCAUAACAUACUUCAUAGCAGGAGGAAGAAUGAGCAUGAGCUCUUUCUUUGCUAUGCUAUUUACCGUCAUGAUGCUGGAUUUUUCUGUCAGCUCCCUGCCACUGUCUAUAGGAGCCGGGAAGAAUGCAGUGGCUGUUCCAACACUGUUUGUGACCAUCUACUUUGUGUUCAUGCUGAUCUUUUCAGGUUUAUCACUAUAUUCCGGAAGCCUCCCACCUAAGCUCUCAUGGAUUCAAUACUUUAGCAUUCUUCAUUACGCCUUUAAGGCUUUGCUGCACAAUGAGUUCCUCGGACAAAACUUCUGUUCAGAAGACAGGAUGGAAGAACUCAGUAGAUGCCAUAACUAUGUAAUAUGUGCUGGUGAAGAAUUCUUGGCGAUCCAGGGCAUCGAUCUCUCAUCGUGGGGCUUCUGGGAGAAUCACCUGGCUUUAGCUUGUAUAAUGAUUAUCCUCUUAACAAUUACCUAUGUGCAGUUAUUACAGGUUAAGACAUUAGAAGUUCUUAGAUCGCGGGGGAGGAAUUUUCUUCAGUUGUUUAACUAAAUACCAAAGUAUCUUCUGUAUGUCUGUAAUUGUAUUCCUGGACAAAUGCUACAUCCAGCCUGACCCUGAGAGGAUCCCUCUGCUGUGAACACUGAUGAAUGUAGAGACUCAUGGCUGCUCACAGUACAGGGCUAAGGGACACUCCAGUGCUUAUCUCCAACAGGACACCUAUUGCGUGCCCUCUAUAGCUCAGAGCAUUGUACAGUAGAAAGAGUGCAGGAGCCAGAAUAUGAGAAGAAGGAGUGGAAAUGCAAUAUUGUGGUCCUGCACAGCCAAGGCAACCAUGGUCUGUGUCUCAACUCUACGGCUACCUACAGAAGACUGGAUCCCUCAUCAGCACAGAAGGAGCAGAGGAGAACUCAAUGGGUCCAUCCCCCAUUCUGCUCAACUAUUGGCUACUGGCAGAUCAUGGGGGAGAGGCAGUCAUUGAUUUCACAUGUAUGUUCACAUUUGAGCCUAGAGACUCCAGUGGAAAGUCCGAAACACUCUGAUCCCACACACAGCCCUGUUUAAACUCUGUGGGUCAUAAGACAAAGAUGUGGAUGUGAGAAAGAGACUUGUAAAGAAGAGUAUUUCAAGGGAGUGUAAGGAAAAUGAGAGAGGUGGGACGGAGGGGGAAAUGGCUGAAAUGCAUUAUAUAUGGAAUUGUAUAUUUUUAAAAAUAAAAUUAUAGAAAAGCAA